AUGGCUUUUCAGCAACCAACCACUGCAACUCUGCAGCGAGUUGCUCGACCAACUGCCGCUGAGCAUGACAAUGUCGCAGUUCAAGCGAGACCGGCGUCUCCAGGUCGCGAAGCCGAGGAAUCACAAACUUGGGUUCUCUUUUCGCCCCCCACCGAAGUCACAACCACCUCGUAUCUCACCGGAUCAGAACAUUCGCUACAGACGCCAGGACGGUCACGGUUGAGUCAUUUCGGCAGCCUCGGCACAAUUGCAAGAUCCGGAGAAGGAUCCGAGGCCAGACAAUCUUUAUCCGUCCUUUCCGCUGUCGAGGAUGAACCCAGUGAUGAGGAUGCGGAGUUGGACAGCCUGGACAGCCACCUCCCAGGCUUUCGUUCCAACAAUUCGGGCCUGAAGCCCCCCCCACGGAGUAGCCCGCAUGGUGUUCCGGUGUUUCCCGCACAUGAUGGUCUGGGCUCUUUCCGAUUGGAUCAACCCGUCCUUGACGCGGAGGCUCAGAACCAGAUUUACCAGUUUGAACAAUUCAAUCCCCGCAAGGUCCGCCGGAGAUUGGAUAGCUUUGAUCAUACCCCGUCAAACUUGGAGGGGCUGUAUGGUCAAGAGGAGGAUAAACGGCAGCGCAUCGAGGCAUGGCGUCUGGAACAUAGCCGAGUUCUGUUGGACGAAGUGCAGAGAGAGACGAGACGACGAAGGAAGUCAUUGGCAUCAAUGCAGCGAUCAAGGCGUCCCACCGAGGUUGAAAGCGAUGAUCUGACGUGGCACGAUGAAGAGGCCCUGGAGCCCGAGGGUCUUCAAGAGGGCUUUUUGGCAGGGAUUACGCGCAGAGUCGCCAAGGAUCUUUUAGGCAUUGACGAUGCAAUGCUGUCCAUCCUUCUGGGCGAGGAGCUCCCGGGGGAAGACGAAGAAGCACUGUCUUCGACCCCGCGGGCUUCGCAGCUGGGCAACCAGCCAAUAUUGACAGCAGCCGACGAGCCGUCAUGGCAAAUCCGCAUAUUGGAACGACUGUCAAAAGAGCUCGGUAUACUGGUCCACCAACUCUCGCCCCACCCUGGGGCUUUCGAGACAUAUUCCAAGAUGCAGCACAUGCCUGUUCCGUACGCGGGACUGCCGGCCAUUCCCGAGUCGGCGGGCACUGCGACCCCGAGGAACGAACCGGGCACACAGAGUCAAGCUCGCGUACCCGAGUUCCAACCCACAAUGCACAGCCAUAGCCAGCCUGUGGGGAUCCCUGACAAACAACAGACGCCACGCGAUGGCUGUGGGGAAGAGAGGGGUGUGACGGACGGUGACUUCACCAAGGAAGAGUGGGAGAAGAGCCUGGACGUGAAGCUGGUUCUCCGAUACCUGGUCACGCGCUUCACAUCUCGCUCCAGCACCUCCUCGUCUUGCAGCACACCGCAUCGUGAGCCGACCCCACAAGCUGACUCGGUCCAGGUUGCCCGCGUAAGGCAACAUCAUCCGCUCAUAGCGCGAAACCACCCUCCUGUGGAGAGACGUCACUACAAGGCCGCGUUGUCAGGAAGCCCAGCGACGCUGCGGCAUCACAGCAGCUGCGCCAGCCAGAGCACCAGACGCUCGACUCGAAGAAGCAGUUGCUCGUCCCGACACUACUGGGAUAUCGGCGGCUCUCUGGGGACGGGGUCAGUGAUUGCGUCAAACGGACCGAUGGGAAGCUGGGGCGAGGUGUAA